CCUACGUCACUACUCGCAAAAAACUUAAGUCUCCCACACCCGCAUCGUCGAGUUGCAAUGAUGGCGGCAAUUACUUGACCGAGAGCUCUCUUCGUGAUAUUCUUAAACAAGAAUUAUCUGCAACGAUACACAAUCUGGUCACGGCGCAGCUAAAUUCAAUUAAUGAACAAAUAGUCGGAUUCAACGAAUCUAUGUCUUUUAUAAACACGCAGUUUGAGGAAAUGAGAGCUGUGAUAGAAGAAAAAUCCGCUGUUAUUAACCAAUUGAAAAAGGAAAAUAUCCAUCUUCAAGCAUCGGUAAAGGACCUCACAACCAGGCUUAAUAUUGUCGAACUGCAUAUGAGAGAAUGCAACGUUGAAAUUAAUGGUAUUCCAGAACAUAAAACGGAAAAUUUAGUCAAUACGGUAGUGCAACUAAGCCAAGUUGUUAAAAAUAAUAUUUCUGUUGAUGACAUCCAACAUGCUACCCGCGUAGCUAAGCUCAACAAAAGCACCGACAAGCCACGGUCCGUCAUCGUCAAGCUCCGUACCACAAAGCACCGUGAUGCUCUCCUAGCAGCUGUAGCACAAUAUAAUAAGAAAAAUCCUGAAGAUAAAUUGAGCUCCCACCAUUUAGGGAUUGGAGGAGCGCGAGCCCCUAUAUAUGUUUCGGAACAUCUUACCCCGGGAAGUAAAUCUUUACACGCCGCCACGCGCAUAAAAGCCAAAGAAAUGAAAUAUCGGUUCACGUGGAUUAGAAAUGGAAAAAUUUAUGUACGCAAGGAUGAAUUCAGUCAAGCAAUAUUAAUGAGAAAUGAAGACAGUCUUAAGCUCAUAGUUUAAAUAAUAUUGUAGUGAAUGUUAUGGCCUUAAAAUUCUUUACAGAGCUAGAGAUUUAUUAUCAGAAUGUACGAGGGUUAAGAACAAAGACCAAUGAUGUGCUUAAGAAUGUCUUGAUUUCUAACUAUAAAAUUAUUGUAUUCACCGAGACCUGGCUGAAUCCUGGUAUCUUUGAUAACGAAUUGUUUGAUUCCCGAUACAUUGUCUACAGAAAAGAUCGUAUUUGUUCCCAUCAAUCCAAAAAAGAUGGCGGAGGUGUUCUCAUUGCUAUCUCACGAGAGAUUUCAUCUUCUCGUGUUAUAAGCUGGGAAACAAAUGAUGAAGAUAUAUGGGUAGUUCUUGAAAUUAGCUGCAACAACGUUAUAAAGAAAAUUGGACUUUGUGUAGUCUACUUACCUCCGCCAGUAAAAUUAGAAAUUUUAAAAAAAUUUUUGGAAGGUGUUGAUUGUGUUACCAAUCAUGUUGAUGACAUAGUCGUGUUAGGAGAUUUUAACAUGGGUUUUAUUAAAUGGUGUUUUAAUGAUAACAACUCAUACAUGACUCCGUCAAAUUAUAAUAACACUCUUGGAUACUCAUUGGUAGAUUUUAUGUCUAUAAACAAUCUAUAUCAAUUUAAUUGUAUAAGUAAUUGUGACGAUAGACUCUUGGAUUUGGUAUUUAGUAACUUACUUAACAUAGUUGUUACGCAGCCCUCUAACCCACUUAGUAAAUUAGAUUCAUAUCAUCCAAACCUUUUAAUAAGUAUCGAAUAUUCUAAUAUCUCCUACCUGCGUCCUAAGAGUUGUGUCGUUUACAAUUACUUCAAAGCUGACUUUGAUACUAUUGUUAAAGAAACUAAAAAUACAGACUGGUUACACGAAUUUUCUACCUGUACAGAUGUUGAUGCCAUGGUACGGACAUUUUAUGAAUGCCUAUCUAACAUAAUCAAAAAAUCAGUUCCUAAACGUAAGCUGAAUUCAACAAAAUACCCUUCUUGGUUCAAGCGCAAUUUAAUUAAAUUAAUAUCUGAAAAAGAUAAGCUCCAUAGAAAAUAUCGUAUUUACAAAAAUCCCAGAGAUAAAUUGGAAUUCCAGAUUAUUCGCAGUCGCUGUCAUAAACUUCUUGAUAUUAAUCUUAACGAUUUUAAACAAAAUGCCGAAUCUAACAUCUCUAAAAAUCCAAAAUACUUCUGGAACUACUUCAAAAAUAAAAAGAAAGGUGAAUCAUCCUUACCCGGGUCUAUGAAACUGGAAAACAAAGUUGCAAAAUCAGGAACAGAAAUAGCAAAUCUGUUUGCAAACCAUUUCUCCUCUAUUUACACCCAAACAACUGGCUCUAUGACACUAGUAUCGCAAUGCAGUAGCAACAUUUCACAGAUGUCCAAAAUAAAAUUCGUAGAAGCAGAAGUACUAAAGCAAAUCAAGUCUUUAGAUCCCCAAAAGGGAGCGGGUCCUGACGGCAUUCCUCCUAUAUUUCUUAAGCGUUGCGGGCCAGGAAUCGCUUUGCCUUUGACACUUAUUUUUAAUCGAUCCCUAGAGGAUGGCAUCUUCCCAGAAGAAUGGAAAAAAGCACGCAUUGUUCCAGUAUUUAAGAAAGGAGAUCGGAUGGACAUAAAAAAUUACCGCCCUAUCUCAAUUCUCUCAUGCUUUUCUAAACUUUUUGAAAGUCUUGUGCAACCCACGCUUGCCAGACACCUAGAUAAUUUCCUCACAAGCUCUCAACAUGGGUUUAGAAGCGGAUUAUCUGUGCAAACUAAUUUGUCAAAUUUUACAUCUGAUCUUAUAAAAGAAGUAGAUAGUGGCCAGCAGAUCGAUGCUAUAUAUACAGACUUCAGCCACGCGUUCGACAAAGUUGACCACUCACUUCUCGUUGACAAGCUUUCUCAGUACGGUAUCGGGAUCCCCCUCAUAUAUUGGUUUGAAUCAUACUUAAAGCAGAGAUCCCAAUCAGUCACUGUGAAUGGUUACGAAUCCAUUAGUUACCUAGCUCAAUCUGGUGUACCUCAAGGUUCCCAUUUAGGGCCAUUGCUGUUUCUGGCGUUUAUUAAUGACAUUUCCGCUGAAGUGAAAAAUUGUUCUUGUUCCCUGUUUGCAGAUGACUUGAAAAUUUAUAAACCGAUCAAGUCGCAAAAUGAUAUAAAGUUAAUACAAGACGAUCUUAAUAGAAUCAUUGAGUGGUGUCAUGUCAAUAGUAUGACUCUUAAUGCUAGCAAAUGUUUUCAUGUAAAAUACACAAGAAAGAAAAAACCACUUGUCUCUAGUUACUCAAUUGGUAAUGUUGUGUUGCAAGAGUUACCUGAGAUUAAAGACUUAGGAGUCACUAUUGAUAAAAAGUUAAAUUUCAGAUCACAUGUGAACAAUAUUACUAAUAAAGCCGCUCAGCUCUUGGGAUUUUUAAAACGUAAUACGAAGGGAUUCUCAAUUAAAACUAAAAUUAUUUUAUAUAAUGCCUUAGUGAGAAGUUGUCUUGAAUUUGCCAGUAUUAUUUGGAAUCCAACUUAUAAUGUGCAUUCUCAACGCAUUGAAAGUAUACAACGUGCCUUCACUCGCCACUUGGCUUUUCAUGUCAGUGGCAUCUCACACAGACAACCAUAUAUUCAGCGACUGGCCGAGUUUAAAAUGACAUCUCUUCGAAGCAGGCGGGAAAUACUUGAUUUGUGCUUUCUACACAAAUUAUUACAAAAUAAAAUUAAAUGUAGUAAUCUCCUCAAUCGGAUAUCCUUGUCUAUUCCGCGUAGGAACACCCGUAGCUGUAUAUCCCCUAAAAUCUUCUAUAUACCUUUCGUUAAAUCACAUCUCGGGAACCAAGCCCCAAUUAUACGUAUGUGUGCUAAAUAUAAUGAGCUAUCUAAAACGAUACCUGGCAUCGACAUAUUCCAUGACUCGGCUAU